AUGCACCCCGAUAUUAUCAACGGAUCCUCUGAUACAGCCAUCAUCCAGCCAACCUCAGUUAUCCAUAACCAAACAGCUCAACAUGGCUUUCCGGUCUCGGUAUCAACAGAACAUCCCAUCCGCGUUGAUCCCCAGGCAGUUGUUGGUUCAGGUGGCGUCAUUGACGAUGCUGCCUCGGGGGAGGGGUUUCCUGAGCGAACGUCUCGGUUGAACGCACCCGAAGGCAGCUCGGUAGAGGGCCUACCUCGGGACGAUGGAGGCAGCGAAUAUCCCUCUAAGAAAGAUGCUAUCCGAAAGUAUGAGGAAAUGGGUGUUUUUCCCACAACGGAGACGGCCUUUCGUAUCAAGAAGACAAACUGGGACGGAAGGAGAGAUAGCCCGAUCUCCAAGUUUCCUAAUGAGAUCUUGAUCCAUGCACUAUCUUUUCUCGAUCCGCAAACACUUUUAACCGCCGCUCUUAUAUCGCGGCGAUUCUAUUCUCUCGUAACUUCACCAGAUGCGUGGCGAUCUGCAUUCUCUCGUUACUUUCCUUCUAUAAUUUUCGAUAAAUCAUCCAGUGAUAUAUACGAAUCCCCCGCCUUGUCCUCUUCCCAAGAUAGGCGUCAUUUUACACGUCUAUCCGCAUCGGAUAAUGGCAUUAAUUCAUGGAGAAGAGAAUACAUCCUGCGCACACGUCUCUUGCGAAGUCUAAGCAAAGGAAAGGCAUCCCUUGCUACAAGUGCAUCGAGCCCUACAAAUCAGAAUUCUCAUGGAAGCAUUAUCAUCACGUAUCCUGCGGCAGCAUGGAGCGUAAGUCAUAUAACAGCCAGUUUCACGCCGAGAGGUGUUAGGCUAUUGCACGCAUCUGUUCAUACUCCCGGAGUUGUUAGUGCGAGUGACCCCACGAUUGGCAGGAUAGAGAGACCUCCGAUAGCGGAGGCUUCCUUACGCACUCAGGAAAGGCCCGACCUCCACCAACCUUUGCUAGGGCUUUAUGGUUUUGAGGUAGCAACGGAUAUGGGGACAUCCGGAGUGAUGGAUCUUUCAGAGGAUAUUGGCUGGAUUUAUGGCGAAAAUGUACCGGAUGGAAAAGUUUAUAUCCACCCAUAUACAUCGCCAUAUAUAGCUGCGUCACCGCCUGGGCUGUAUAUUCGACCCGAGCACGAGAAGAUUGAUGGUUUUCGUCCUGCUGUGACGGCUCUUUGGAUUGCGAAAAGACGUUCGGGUGGAGUACUCGAGACAACCCAAGGGCGUGCGGGGGUUGUGGUUGGUAACAGCCGGGGUGUCGUAUCAAUCUAUGGGUUAAGCUUCGGGAAGGAGAACGGUUUGACACGCGCCAAGAAAUUCGUUGUUUCUCCCGGCAUCCCAAUUGUAUCGAUAAAGGUGGAUGACGAUUAUUCAAUCAAGAGGAUGAAACAAAAGAAUUUCUGGAUUGCGGUCGUUAAUGCUCUCGGCGAGGUGUACUACCUUAAGGACUUAGUUGACAUCUGGAAAAUAAUACCACAAACAGCACGAACCACAACCGUUUUGUGCAACUCAACUUUCCCGAUGCCCAUAAUGUCCCCGACAAAAGAUCAGCAGGCCGAAUGGGGAAAGGAAAGGAAUGAAAGAUUGAUGAAAAUGAGUUAUGGAGAGAUUAAGGAAAUAUGGGAAGGUUGGGGAAUGGAUUGGUUCAUUGAGGUGGACUGGCCAGAUCAAAGUGUAGUCUUGGGGAAAAAGCAGAGCAUGGAGAGGCGACCUCGGCCCCAGGAUGAUGUAACAGAGUCGGUUCUGUAUAGGUAUCAUUUAGCUCCCCGCACAUCACGUUCUGGGGCCAAGAGUGAUUUUGUUCAUGGACUACUGGUAAUAAGUCCCACGGAGGAGAUCGACGCCUCGGAAAACUCUCUUUUCGGAGGAUAUGUUGAAGAUUCGGCCGAGAAAAUUAUAAAUAAAAUUAAAAUGGGAAGCAGUUCGAAUUCGACUGCGGACAUCACGGAUAGGUGGAUCGCUACACAACUCGAACUUGGAGGAAAAGGGUUUCAUAUUAUCACAGCCACGGCAAUGGAUAACUCUAAUCUCGCACUUCUAUCCGAUCGCGAAGAACCCGGAACGGAUGCGGACGUGCCCGGAGGAAAUGCUAGGCUAUUCGCUGUCGGUACUUCUAUGGGGUCUAUUUUCCUCUGGAAUAUUCGUAGUCCUGUACUCCCGGAUGUUGCGGGUGUUGGAGUUUAUGGACCGUUAAGAGUUAUACACACCGAUUCUCCUCAGAUAGCAAGUCUGGCGCUCUCGUCACUAUAUUUGGUCCAUGGUGGUACAGACGGUUUGGUCCAGGCUUGGGAUCCUCUAGGUUCUACACUUUCACGGAUACGCGAUAUUCAUUCUCGGUUUACGUUGCGCGCCAGACGUAGAUUGGCCCAGGCUGAUGCCGGCGUUCAAGAUGAGUUUGGUAUUGGAGAUAACCAGUUUGCCGCACGAUGCAUCAUUCUCGAUCCGGAUGCGACAUCUCUUCGUGGAGCAGUAGCUCUUGGUACCCACAUCCGCUAUUGGAGCUUUUCAUCACCAGCCGUAGAAGGAGAAAGAAAACGACGUAAACAAGGCACGAGGUCUAGAGCUGGUGGAGCACCUUCUAGAGGCAAUGGCGCGAUAAAGGCAGUAAUUGAAUCGGAAACGAAACAUCUCCUCAGACAGAAGGAACGGGAGCGCAAAGAAAAAGAGGACUUAAAGAACCGUUAUGGUAUAGCUAGUGGCAGGGCAGCUUUAAGUGAAGAGGAAAUGGUCGAAUACGCAACAAUGAUUAGUCGUGAAACGUUCGAGCGUGAAAACGGCUCAGCUCCUAUAGGUUUGGGGGAGAGCGUUACGAGCAGCAGAACUGUCACUCCUGAUGCGGUGAGCAGCUAUAGCACUGCGGACGAAUACAAGACUCCAACGGAAGAUGGUCAUGAAGAUGUGGAUAUGGAUUUGGCAGAGGCCUUGAGGUUAAGCCUCCUGGAAAAUAACCCUGAAGAUGGCGGAAGCUCUAAACCAAAGGAUGGGGUAUGGGAAGAUGCCGAUUACCUUUAUUCAGACUUCGGUUCAAGCACCAACCGCUCUACUAGUCACUACUCACCCUAUCCCUAUUCAGGAGCAUCUUCAUCCUCCUCUAGACCGGAAAAUAGCAACUCAACAAGAUUGCAUUCUUCUCUUAUGUCCACUUCGAAAAGCCGGGGAUGGGAACGACUUCCCUUAGAUAAAAUAGACGGUCGACCGAUUGUUGGGAAAGGAAAAGGGAAGUAUCAGAGCAACGACAAGGAAGAGGAAGAUUUUGAGAACGAGAUAGAGAUGGCAAUUCGUUUGAGUUUGAUGGAAGAGGAGGAAAGGAAGGAAAUCAUGGAGGCAUUGGCUGAAGAUGAUGAUAAUGACUUCGGAAAAGGCAAAGGUAAGGGCAAAGCUUAG